GUGCACCCUGGAAACUGCGCUUACACAGUAUGGCCGGCGAUAUUAGCUAGCACUCGCUCACGGUAUUCUCUGAAAAGGGGAAGUAGGCAAAACCAAGAAAACAACAUCUGGACUGUUUAAGGACUGUAUUAAGAUCAUAAAUUAUAUCUACCAAGCAAGGACCUAAUAAGCUGAAAUCCAACAUACAUUUUAAUUUCUGUUGUUGGUGUCUGUUGUCUCACGAUGGAGGAAAACGGUGCACACUUCUUCGAGGGGACCGAGAAGCUGUUGGAGGUGUGGUUCUCUCGACAAGAUGAGACCAAAGGAACCGAGGACCUUCGCACUAUCCCAAGGUUUGAGUGGGACAAACUUCUGGAGAAUGUGCAUUGUUUGAUCAUAAGUGUGACAAAGACUGACAGGCAGGAAGCAUAUAUACUCAGUGAGAGUAGCAUGUUUGUCUCCAAGAGACGUUUCAUUUUGAAGACAUGCGGGACCACCCUCUUACUGCAAGCGCUGGUGCCUCUGUUGGAGCUGGCACGCGAAUACUGCGGCUUUGAUGCCAUCGAGAACUUCUUCUACUCUCGUAAGAACUUCAUGAAGCCCACCCAUCAGGAGUUCCCUCACCGCAACUUUGAGGAGGAAGUGGAAUUUCUCAGCCAGAUUUUCCCAAGUACUCUUUCCAACACACCUCUAAAGCCAGAACAAGGCACCAUGUUCCACAGGGAUGGAGCAGCCUACUGUAUGGGUCGUCUGAACUCUGACUGCUGGUACUUGUUUACUCUGGAGCUGCCGGAGUGCUGGGAGAACAACCAGGCAGACCAGACGCUGGAGAUUCUGAUGAGCGAUCUUGACCCAGCCGUGAUGGACCAGUUCUACAUGAAAGAUGGUGUUUCCGCUAGUGAUGUCACUCGUAUGAGUGGAAUUCGUGACCUGAUUCCAGGUUCUGUGAUUGAUGCCACAAUGUUCAACCCUUGUGGAUACUCCAUGAAUGGAAUGAAAACGGAUGGAACUUACUGGACGAUUCACAUCACCCCCGAGCCGGAGUUCUCCUAUGUUAGUUUCGAAACCAACCUUUCCCAGACGACUUACGACGAGCUUGUGCGAAAAGUCGUGGAUGUCUUCAAGCCAGGGAAAUUUGUGACUACACUUUUUGUUAAUCAGAGCUCCAAAUGUCGCAGCGUCUUCUCCACUGCACAAAAGCUCGAGGGCUACAGGCACCUCGACCGCCAGCUCGCCCACUUCAACGACUACAACUUCGUCUUCAACAGUUACGCCAAGAAGCCGCAGCAGAGCCAGCAAAGCUGAGGCCCGCUAAUGAGGAGGCGCAAAAAGAAGGCUGUAAGGUGUGGCAUGCCUAGCCACACCCACCACCUCCUUCUGAUGCUCCGCCUCCCCCCUGUCCCGGAAUCCCGUCUAUGUAGCUGUGUUGCGAGUUUAACCCGUAAGCAUCCCCGUACCGAUAACGUAGAUAUCUUGCAUGAAAGCUCUCGUCGUGUCCGUGUAGAUAUUAUAGCUCACUCUUGCUGUGAUCUUGAAGUGCAUGUAGAGUUAUCCAGCAUGGCGUGUGCGAUGCGCACGCCACGCUCCCUUCCCUUCCUGCAGACCUCUCCCCUCAUCCUCCACAGACAGGGUUUCCGCCCCCCCUAGGCAAGGGCCCUGACGUGCUCAGAUGCGUGCAGGUAUGCUGUGUGAGUUGGCCGCUCCCCCAAACGCGCUCUGGUCAGUGAUCACACUUGAUCAGUUCUAGGUUUCAUUUCAGCCCAUGCACUCAAGUACAAACUAAAUUCUGUUGACUCUUGUGGUUGUGAUCUAGGUAAAUCUUUAAGUUCCACAUCAGUCGCUACUUCAUUAAGAUACAGCAGUUUCGCUCUCACUAUGUUGGCACCAGGAGAAGGGACAGCGGCGUUCUCAGAGGAUACCACUACCUUUUUGUUUUUAUGAAAUGAAAUUUUGCCAUCCUCCCCCUACGCCCCACUCCUAACACACCACACUGUGCCUUUUCCUUAUGACUGUAUUGCUAAUUUGAGUGUAAAGAAAAAUGUAAAAUCCUGUAAAGAGAAAAAAAAAAUGUAACUAUCAAGCUGCACUUUAAAACUCAUAGCGUACCAAGCCCCUCUUUUUGCAGUGGUUCACAUUCUGGAUAAGGAUUAGCCCCCUUCGAGCCAUUUUAGUUGUUUAUUUUGUAGCCUGUCCUCUUUUUUUGGUCCAAGCUGAAUGUAAAGGCUGCUGGGGAGGGGAUCUCGAGCAGUGAUAUGGAAUGUCUGAGGUGGAAUUGACCAAUCUGGCACACACAUUGUCCAGACCCCUCCCGCUGGCUGGCCGCUGCAGCUCCUGACUGCUAUGCACACCCUGUACUCAAUCGAAAACGGCGGGGCAGACGCCAUGCUUACUGCAAAGAUUGCCCCACAAAGCGCUUUCCAUUUUACACACUCGCGCACGCACACUCUAUCUGUACAGAAUGUGGCAGACACGCACUGAUCUGAGCAUGUCGGGGGUUCUCCCAGAUCAUUCCACAUUUAACAGUUGCAUAAACUGUUUUAAUUUUAUUGUGCAAACCUGUUUGUUUUUUGUUGUUUUUCCCCCCACAAAAAAUGACCCCAUUGGCACCUCCCCCCCACCCCCUCUUCUCUCCAUCCCUUUCCUUUUUGUUCUCUUGUUGAGCGAGGGAAAGAUGGUGUUCUGUACUGCAUGUCAGUAGUGACGUGAGGGUGCACCGUCCUGUGUCUGUGCCUCACCUCUUUUCUGUCUUGGUGUCCAGUGCUGUCGCCCCUCCGACUCUGGAUGGUUAGAAUGGGUUUUGGAAGUGGACACGCCCACCCUUCCUUCCCAAUGUUUAUUUGAACUGGUGGCAGAAGAGUUGGUGUUCUGACCUUUUUUUUGUGCAAACAGAUUUCCACGUGAUCUAGGGUGUUUUUUGCUUGUAAUUAUAUGGAGUAUAUUGGAUACUCAUAGAUCAGUGAAAUUUUAAUGUAAUCUAGCACAGAAACAGUUCUGGUAUUUUACCCAGACUGCUAUAUUUUGAAAUGAGUUCUAUAUAUCUACAAUACACUUUUUUUUUUUUUUUUUUUUUUUUUUUUAAAUAGGACAGUAUUGAGCACAGCUCAAUCUCAGCAAGUUUCUUAGGCAUAGGUUCAGCAACCUUGCAAUAAUUCUAGGCUUAUUUACCUUAAAGUAACCAUCACGGGUCCUGAUCUGGGAACGGUUUUCCCCCUUUUAACGUUUGCAUAGAUCCAGGUGCGAUUUUACCAGCACCUCUGAUCUAGAAACAGUCCCAAAGCAGCCUUUGGCGCUCUACACUGUAAGCCUGAACUAGGUCUGCAACUUCUCAGCCAUGAUGGGCAAUCAUGUUCUCUACAAAGACCAUGAGCCCUGUCAUGGCAGAGUAACUAAGCAUGAUUAAGGUGGUCUUGGCAGUUGAGGUGAAGUUUGGCUCUUGCCAGGGUGCUUGGAGCAAUCCGAGAGGUGUUUGUUUGUUUGUUUGUUUGUUUGUUUUUUACUAUUAUUAUUUACAUGACAAAUGAAAUGUAACACCUGCAUCCCUGAGAUUCUGUGAAGGGUGCAUUUUUAUUCUAGUUAUGUCAUAUAUAAAAUUAUUUGCCCCCACCCUCCUUUUCAGAGGUAAAGCGUUGACCACCUGUGGUUUAAUUUAAUUGUUUCCUCUCUCUUGCCUCUCCCUGGUGGGUGAGAUGGCACUCAUUAAAGGAAGAGUGGGUGAUCUGCUGCAGGGGUUGUGGUUUGGAGGUGCAGGGAAAAGGAAAGUCUGCUCUUUUAAUUCUCUCUUGCUAUUUCUUUGGUUGGUCAAGAUGUGCUAAGUAUAUCUGUACUAUGAGCUUGAUGCUUUAAGUAAUAAAAAGAUAAAUUGUCCGUC